AUGCUGCUCAAACUAAGUUCGCUCUACAUGCUCAAAGAUCGAUGGCGGCAGGUCGAGUAUCCCACGCACAUCACCGUCAGCCUGCCUCGUUUCUUCAAUCCCAAAACGCUAUUGUUUCCUGAUGGCCGCGGGGCCGAAAAGAAGCAACAGCAGUCUGAGCCUGAACGCUCUCCUCCAUCAUCUUCAUUCCCAUCAGCAUCAUCAACAGCAUACCUUGACGCUCUUCGAGGGUACGCGGCGUGGAUUGUCUUUCUAGCUCAUGGCUGGGACGAGUUCCAUUUCUCCGCAACUCGACAACCCAUCCUAUCCAUCAUCGUAGCCGCAAAGUCCAUGGUCGCUCUGUUCUUUGUCAUCUCAGGCUACGUGUUGAGCUAUCGACUCCUCGUCAUGACGCAUGACCGUUAUCACCGUCGUCACCGUCGUCACUACCACCAUCGUCGUCAAAGCCUCGACAUCGACCUUAGUCACGACCACGACAAAAUACUACAGACUCUAGCCGGCUCUACGUUCCGCCGGGGAGUGCGGCUAUGGGGCUCGAGCAUAUUCGCACUCUCCAUCUCAGGGCUGUUGGUCUGCAUGGGCUGGGACGGAGGGUACGGCGACGACAGACUACGGAAGGACACGCUCUGGGAACAAAUCGCAGACUGGUUCCACAGACUCGCGUGGUUCAUGAACCCGUUCGUCGAAGUGGACGGAUACUUCUGGGGCGGCACGCUGCAGAACGAGUACCUGGGACCAAUGUGGACGAUCCCGGUCGAGAUCCGAGGCAGCAUGAUUUUGUUCUUGUUUCUCGUGGCGACUUGCAUGAUGAGUUUCCGCAAACGAGCCAUCUUGACUUGGACCACGAUACUCGCCUGUUACUUCUGGACGAAGCUUUACGUAGCUCAGUUCUUGAUGGGGAUGGCCAUCGCCGAUGUUUCAUUGAACCGUCAAUACCACUACCUGCUACUCCAGCAGCAGCAGGAGCUGGAUCAGGAGCGGCGACAGCGAUACUCUCGUCUCAGCACCACCGGCAGCCGAGAACCCUCUUGUUCACCUUUCUACGUACACUCGCGCACCGCAUCGUCAUCGUCAUCGUCGUCAUCCACCGGUUCCUUGAUCGAAGAUCCCUUGGAGCAUUACCCCUCGGUGUUGCCCUUGUCGUCGCCGUCGUCAAUGUCGUCGUCGGACAAUGACGAGUUCGCCACGGCACCGUAUCCAGUCCAAAGCCGACGGUCAAAAAUCAUCUGGAUCGCCGUGUUCGCCACCGGCAUCUUCCUACUAGGUCAACCGGAUCCCUCCAGCGGCGACGACCUUGGCGUCUUUGGCGACUUCCCGUGGAAAUACCUCCACGCCGUGAUCCCGUCGCAGUACGACAACUCCUUCGCGCAGACCUACUUCUAUCUCGGCAUCGGCGGGUUCCUCCUCAUCCUCGCGCUCGAGAUGUAUCCUGUCUUGCGCACCCCCUUGAACACGCCGUUCAGCCAGUACGUCGGAGACCUCAGUUUCGGCAUUUACGCCAUGCACCCCAUCAUCGUCAUCAUGGUCAUCCGCCAGUGGUACGAGCCUUGUGUGCGCGCCCAGCUCUUUGGCCAUGGCUUUUGGGCCCACGUUCCGGGUAUGGUCCUGACGCAUGGGCUCGUAUUUACGUGCGCAGACUAUUUCAGUCGUGUCGACUACAGGGUCGUGGUGCUUGCACGCAGAGUACAGGCUUGGUUUUUCGAUGGCUAG